GACUAUGAGGGACCCCAGGCGGAGUUAGGCUGCGGACGAGCGCCUGCGUUGAGGGAGUGCAGAGCGCCCUGUUCUUCCAGAGCCUGGGAUGAGGGAGGUGGACGUUCUCGAUCUCGAGGGACAUCUUUCCUCUCGCUGAGCACUCUGCGCAUUCUGUCUUCCUGGAACUGCGGGCCGAGUUGGAGUCUUUCGUCAGGCAGUGUGUUGAGCACCCCAAGCGCGGGGUCCUCGCGGCUUUCUCUGCAGCCUCAGCUUCGGUCCAGAGAGGACCCGGCACCAAAUCACUGACUCGCCCUGGUGUCGGGAAAAUGAUCCACAGUCUGUUUCUCAUAAACUGUUCAGGUGACAUAUUUCUAGAGAAGCACUGGAAGAGUGUUGUGAGCCAGUCUGUCUGUGACUAUUUCUUUGAAGCUCAGGAGAAAGCUGCUGAUGUUGAAAAUGUACCACCUGUCAUUUCAACACCUCACCACUACCUCAUCAGUAUCUACCGGGAUAAACUCUUCUUUGUGUCUGUCAUACAGACUGAAGUGCCACCUCUCUUUGUAAUUGAAUUUCUACACCGAGUUGCUGACACUUUUCAGGACUACUUUGGUGAGUGUUCAGAGGCUGCAAUUAAGGAUAAUGUGGUCAUAGUGUAUGAGCUCUUGGAAGAAAUGUUAGACAAUGGAUUUCCACUGGCUACUGAAUCUAACAUUUUGAAAGAACUGAUUAAACCACCAACAAUUCUACGUUCUGUCGUCAAUUCUAUUACAGGUAGUAGUAAUGUUGGGGACACACUCCCCACUGGGCAGCUGUCCAACAUCCCAUGGCGUCGGGCAGGAGUAAAGUAUACAAACAAUGAGGCCUAUUUUGAUGUAGUUGAAGAAAUCGAUGCAAUUAUAGACAAAUCAGGAUCUACAGUCUUUGCAGAAAUUCAGGGGGUCAUUGAUGCCUGCAUUAAGCUUUCUGGAAUGCCUGACCUCUCUCUCUCUUUCAUGAACCCAAGGCUACUAGAUGAUGUCAGCUUUCACCCAUGCAUCCGGUUCAAGCGUUGGGAAUCUGAAAGAGUUUUGUCAUUUAUUCCUCCAGAUGGAAAUUUCAGACUUAUAUCAUAUCGUGUCAGCUCACAAAAUCUAGUGGCAAUACCAGUGUAUGUGAAACACAGUAUCAGCUUUAAAGAGAACAGUUCUUGUGGCAGAUUUGAUGUAACAAUUGGACCAAAGCAGAAUAUGGGGAAAACUAUUGAAGGAAUUACAGUGACGGUUCACAUGCCAAAAGUUGUGCUGAAUAUGAACUUGACACCAACACAAGGCAGCUAUACAUUUGAUCCAGUCACCAAGGUACUAACAUGGGAUGUGGGGAAAAUUGCUCCACAAAAGCUCCCAAGUCUUAAAGGAAUGGUAAAUUUACAGUCUGGAGCACCCAAGCCAGAGGAGAACCCAAGCCUCAAUAUACAGUUCAAGAUCCAGCAGCUUGCUAUUUCAGGCUUAAAAGUGAACCGCUUGGACAUGUAUGGGGAGAAAUAUAAGCCAUUUAAAGGAGUCAAAUAUGUCACAAAAGCUGGAAAGUUUCAAGUGAGGACAUGAGAAGAGGCCAGAAUUCCUCAAGAUCAGUUUGUUUUCAAGUGUCAUUACAGUUUAUUACUGUUAGGUACCAAGUGGGUGGGAAUACUUAUAAAGCAUUUGUGUCAAGCUACACUGCUAACAAAAUUGCUUAGUAAUCAAUGUAGGGUUCUUAAGGAGCUUUAAGCUAAGAAAACUUUUCUAAAGACUUAUUUUGUAUCUUUUCACUUAGGAAGUUUAAGGAGAUGAUUUCUUCCAUAGGGGGCUACCAGCUGAAUGCUGCACACUGUAACAGUAAAGACAGAAGGCUAAACUGAUCUUAUUCAGCAGUAGGAACUGUUUCUUCAUCUGUGAUGUGUCAGGUGCAGGCAAGAUCACACCUUCUGAUCUUAGCCAUCUCAAAUCAGUGUUGGUCCUAACAACAGAGGACGCCCCCCCCCCACCCCGCCCCAAGAAGUUUACAGAAAACUGCCUCUUCAAGUGUUUGCCUUAUUCAGCUUUUCACUUGUGCCAUUAAGCAAGCACUGUAGCAAAAGCCACUUCUACAUGGCCCUGGCGGGAGCACUACUGCUCCAUGCUCCAUUCUCACUGUACUUGGUAUUGUAUUUUUUAUAAAGAUUUUUACGUAAAGCUCAGAUUAUGAUUUACAAGGACCUUGCUGCAGUAAAUAUACCAUCUCAAAUUUUGUGCCACCAGUUCAGCUGUUAAGAUAGCACAGUUAAAAUCAUUUGCAUCAAAAGGCAAAUACUUUAUUAGGAUAAUAAAAGGAAACACUUUUUCUGUUUUUAGGAGGUUAUUGAAAGCACAAUACUUUGUGCUUUUAAGCAAACUGAAGAAGUCAAAGAGAAACAAGUGAAACCUUUGCCAUCUUCAUGUUCUAUAAAGCUUUAUCUAAUGUCACUUAAACCUAGUUAGCCUGAAAGCCUCUUGUCCAAGUUCAGUAAAAGGAAAAAAAAAAUGUGUCUGCUUCUCUGUUAAUUUUUUAAAUCUUUAAUUCUUUUUUUUUUUUAAUCUUUUAUCUUUUUGUACUUAAAUGGCUAAAUUUGCCUAUAUCUUACCAUUAGGGAGCGCACCUUUGCAUAUCAUGUAUAUCCCAGGGCUAUUGUGACAGACCCCUUCCUGAAACUUGUUGAAAUUGUCACUGAAGCACUUGUGUGUCUACUGUAUUGUGUACAUGGAAAAACAUGAGGCAGAAACAAAACCUUCAGUAAUGCUUUGUGCCAGACUGAUCUUCAUGCUUGGAAAGGCAGUCCGUAUGAUUAUCCUUUCACUCAGCCUCAUUUGCUUGGAAGCCCUUGUGCAGUAUUUGCCUCAUUCAACAUAAAGAAAUGGAAGAAAGCUGAAAGUUGUGCUUGCUCUUCCUGUUUCCUUGUUUUUUCUUGUAUUACUCGUUUUCUUCUCCUUGUGGCCCAUUAUUUUCUUUCAUCUUUGCCUUAUCAUUCUAAAGCUAUGUCUUAAACCAUCGCUAUUCAAGUGCUGAUAGUAUAGCCAUUAUGAAGUAUUUUUGGUCUUUGAUCUAAUAAGACUUUUUUUCCCUGCAACUUCAAAUAGAAAUUUCUUACAUAACCAAUUUCAGAUUAGCAACUUAAUGUCAAAACAUUGCCAAAUAUCUAUCCCUUUUGCCUAAGAUUGGUUUUCCAGUUAUUUUUAAUAGCGUGCUCUUCAGUGUUCUUACCUCAGAAAGUCAAUUUUCUUUCUUCAGAAUCCUUUAUCUCAGCCAUCCAUGCCUACACUGUCCAACUUUUCUUCCCGUGCUGUCUUCUUUGUACAUCCAAGAAUGUAUGCCGAGUCCCUUGCCUCAAGUCAUUUUAACUAAAAAAAUCCAAGCAGCUUUGUCCUGUCUAUUAAUUUGGUAGAAUCUAUUAAGUCCUUUCUCUAGCUCUGGCUAUCAAUAAAAGGAUGAAAGCAACAAACGGAUUUUUUUUUUCUUGUUGAUGGAACAUUCUCAUAUUAAGGCAGUGUUAGAGCGGACUGAACUGCAUCAGAUUUUAUCACAAGGUGUGAGGUUGCUUGAAGCACUUCCAAGUGGUCCCUUCCUAAAUUUAGCAUAUUCACAGCCCCUUUUAUUUUUUUUAAGGUGUCCCCUUUCUGGCCACAGACUAAGUUACUUUUACCACUACCACUUACUAAUACAGAUCCAUGACUACUCAGUAGUAUUAAGACUUUUUUCAAACACAGAAGUCUACUCAAUCCCAGAAUACUCCAUUUUUCUAAGUUCUUAAGGAAUCAUAAUCCAAGAGCAAAUGAAACAUGCUUAUUUUCCAUUUGAAGGCGUUCCCAUUUGUUUCAAGGGAAUUCAGCUGAUAGAUUUGUUCCUAAAAUAGUGCUACGAAAGAACCCUGGGAGUAUGCUUGUCUUACUGUCCUUAGAAGCAACUGAUUAAACUACAGUGUGGCAGGAAGACAGCACCAGUGAACACAGGACAGAAAGCAAAAUGAGGCAGUGUUGGGAAUCGCUGUGCUAAUUCAGCAUUGGACACAGGCUGGCAUCUGCCUUUGGUUGGAAACUUUUCUGUUCAAGCAAUGGUAAACACGCUUGCGAGCACUAAAUUGUCACCCUUAAUGUUACUUAACCUUUUUUUUUUUUUUCCCUACUUCUAGAAAUUUGGGCAAAAACAUGUUUUUAUUUUAGUUGGUGCUUCCUUAAGACAACUGUGUCCCCAACAGCUAGUUCUGUCUCAUAGCCCUGGUGGGUCCUGACAGCACUUUCUGUUCUAGGCUUUGGAACACACACACACACACACACACACACACACACACACACACACGCACGCACGCACGCUCUGACAUUUCUGAUUUUUACAACUUCAGCUUCUUAAGGGACAGCAGCAGUCUCCAGUAAUAGCUAGAAUCUUCUAGGAUGAAAGACAACUUCAGCCAGGGUGACCCACAUGUGGGCACGUUCUGCCCACUGGUAACUUUGUCAAUUCUACUCCUUCUCAAGUACACUUCCCAAAGUUGUCUCUUAUCACAGAGAUCCUUAUCAAGUAAUACGCUGCUGUGGAUUUCUAGAACCCUUUCAACUAGAUUAAAUAAAAAUCUUUAGUUUCAAGACCUUAGGAUUAGUUUCAUUGACUGCUGUUCAAAAACAAGACUCUAACUUGUUUUAGGUAAAAUAACAUCCAUCAUUUAAAGCAUUAUUUAUAUAAAUGUAUUUUAUUGUUUUGAACAGAAGAGGCAGAAAAUAUUUGCAUAUAAUAAAUCCUAGCUUAUCGGUGUAUUUUUUAGUGGUGGCAUCUCUAAAUCAUGAUUCAGGGACUUUUUUUUUUCUUCUUUUGCCUCAUUGUAUUGUAAGCACUGAUAUUAGAGAAAAGCACAUCUGGCAUAAGUGUAAACCAGUGUCUCAAAACACUGGAAGGACUUGGAGAGCAAACAUUAUUUUUCUUAUUUCUUCUAAGUAUCUUUAGUAAAACAAAAGGUGAUCUUUGGCAUAGAUUCGUACGUUAAAGGCAUUAAUAUUGCAUUUAUAUCAGGUAAGCAACUAUACAAAUAUACUGAAGGCCUUGAAAAUAAUCAGUUAAAAUGAAAAAGGAAGCCUGAGUGUACAGGAUCAACUUAAGAUUUACACAUUCACUAUUGAGCUUUAACACACUGGUGGUGGGACGAUCCAGGCAAAGGGUUUCACUCCUGCAUUCAUCUGCUGCUGGAUUUGGUGAUGUGGGGUUUCUUGUGCUGGGGAAUGCUCAGACAGCAGAAUCAAUGCAAACCAGGGAAAGAUGCCUUCUCUCUGA